AUGGCCUGCUCCUCCUCUCUCCCUUGGCAUCACCUGCAGCACACCAUAGGUGGGCCAGCUCAUCCCUUCCCCUCCUAGUGGUGAUAGCAUCAGCAACGAUCAUGGGUCUUCUCCCUUAGCGCAGCAAGAAGGGGAUCAAUCAAAGAUGCCCCUACAUGAGGCCACUGUUCUCUCCCCACAUCUGUCAAAACAAGAGGGAGAAAUCAUUUUCUUUUUGUUUCUAGACUUCUAUGUAAUCAAAUCUAUUAUAUCCUAGUUAAUACAAUCUAAAUUUCGUGAAGUUCUAUUCCCCUUUACCUCAUCGAUUUUAAAUAGUCAAUGUCAUUAAAGGAAGUAGUUAACUGAUGUGACUUAGUUGUUGUAUAGUAAAUCACAUAAAUUUUAAAUUUAUAAAAUUAGAAAAUAUAAUUUUUUGGAUAUUUAGAAGUAUUUCUGAACAAAUAUAUCAAUUAUAAUUCAAAAAAAGUUCUAAAAAUAAUGAAAAAAUUUAA